CUUUGGGUUGGUCAUCAUGACAUACAAAAAAAUGUUAUCAAAUGUGCCCACACGGAACACAUUUAAAUGUACCAGUUCAUUAUUCAAGUCUAGCUGGCCAAUAUGAUGAUGGAGUGUUAAACAUUGUUCCAUGAGAAGUUUUAACCCCAAAAAUCUAGGUUUAGUUGCUCGUUAGAAAUGGAUGAAGGAAAUUUAGAACAUAAUCCCUUUACUCACACUCAGUGGAAUAUGUGUUGCUUUAUUAUAUUCACUUUUGUCAAUUAAAUUAAUAUAGGCUAGUGUUUGUGAUAUUACUGGCGGGCUAUAAAACGUUAUUGACAGUUCAGUCUACUGUGUACCGCGUUCAUUCCAAUCAGGAAAAUAACGGUUAAUAUCCAGUGAUCUGAUUCAUAGACUCUUUAGCCAGCCGCGAACAUCGCAGGUGUUUGCAACUUCGAUUGCUCUUGUCAGUUUAGUUCAGAUGCCGCCCUUUCCUUACUGUAGGCUACAGAGAAUGAAACUUUGGCUACUAGCUUUGGGCCUAUGCAUGAGUUGCCUAAGAAGACAGUCGACAUUCUGAAGAGACUAACAUGAAAUGGACUUAACUUACACGGAUAUGAUCAUGUAGCCUACAGUGUUUUUGGUUUUCAUAAAUCGUGUCAAUGCGCGCAUGGCAGCUGACUUGCACAACAUCGGGCCAGAGACCGGGGAUUUGCUCACUGUACCGUGUGAACCUAAGAAGAAGCCUAGUACACGGAUCCUUGACCUGAAGCAGGAGCUGGACAAGGAGGACAGUCGCUGCUCCCUGCUCUCCCGGCAACAUCGCUACAUCUGCUGCUGCUCUCCCUUCACCUUCCUGGUCAACUCCAUGUGCCAGUGUCUGGACUGCCAGUACAACGUCUGCAAGACCUGCCACUUCUACAGCAAGAAAGACAAAUCCUGGGUCUGUUCCGUGUGCCGGAAGGGCAGAGUACAGCAAAGACCCUCACAGUGGCACUGAGGGUGGCAGAGGAGGCCAUCGACGAGACCAUCUACAAGGCAGAGGGAUACACCGACAAUCAGGAUAUGCAGAGUGAAGCUGGGUAUUUGCGGGACCAUAGGGAGGAGCUGAUUGAGGAGCUGGCCACAACCAUCGUACAGACAAUCAUCCGGCGGAGGAAGAACCUGGUUGAGAUGAAGCCAAACUGUGACCUGGACUGGACCCCAGGCAACCAGAGGGGUGAAAAGCCUUUGGCUUCAAUCUGCCCCAGCUCCCAGACCCAGAUCACCACAUCAGUCCACGCCAAGUGUGUGUAUUUACCUCGGCGAUCUCGAUCUGCCUCCCUUCUGGAUGAUAACGCUGUGAUGCAGUGCUUCGGGGUUUCCCAGGACUCUCAGCAGGGGCUGAAGGAGGAGGGAGGAGCGGCAGGGUUGGCCAGCUGGAAGAGUAUUGACCGCCUGGACAACUCCAGUGCGUCCUCAGUGCUGAAGAGCCCUGACGGGAACUGGAUCGCCUUGCAGAGCACCCAGCUCUAUCGGCCCAGCCUGCUGACCAAGUGGAAGUCGCUGGUAUUCAGUGUCCUGGAGUGGGAAUUCGGUGUGAUAUCCACCUGCAACGAAAUGGGCUCUUACGACGCCGAGGGGGCCUGGGACGCUGCCCUGCUGGAGAUACGCAGGAAGAUGACCUCCAGCGCCAACAACAACCAGGGGUCAGAGGUUCCAGACUCCCAGGCCUCUGCUGGCCAGCAACCCAGCAUCCCAUUACCCUCGCCGGGCCACCACGCCAGUACGAACACCCUCAACUUUGAGUCUGAGAGGUACUCGGAGGUGUCACUGCACAGUAUCACCACUGAGGUGCUGAAGGUGUUAAACGCAACAGAAGACCGACUCCAGGGGGUGGAGGGGGAUGACUGCAUCCCCUCACUGUCCCCCAACACUGACACGAAGAGGCUGGACAAACAACUCAGCAGACUGGAGGAUACUGUGUACGUGGUGGCGGGCACGGCUUACGGUUUGGAGGCGGAGCUUGGCGACCUGGAGGACUGUGCCCGGGCCAUCGGCGGUGCCACCUCAGACCUGGAGCUGUCCUACCUGGAGGAGCAGGUGGCAACGGCUUCCGCCCAGGUGCAGCAGUCUGACCUCCAGGUGUCAGAAAUCGCAGACAGGAUCGCAGCUCUGAAGAUCGCAGGUCUCAAUGUGGUCCCACAGAACCGCUUCUUUAAGCUCCAAGAACAGCCUAAGCCACAAACAUUGGACUCUUCACGGCAAACGAGGAGGCGGCUACCUGCUCCACCCUUGAAGGAUAAAAAAACCUAACCCGGACUGACCGGGCAUGUUGACCACUGCCAUGACCCCAUGACUCCCCCCACACCAGUGCCUUGAGCCCCUUGUCCACGGUACCAUCAGUGUCCAGUAAGAGGGUUGCUACCCUGCCACCAAGACACUACAGAGUACAGACUAACAGUUUUACCACUACUUCUGGCACUGUGGAUAAAGACAUGAGUUUAUUUCUUAAUAAUGAGAGAUAGUAGCUACAUACUUUAUGUAAAUUUGAUGUAAAAACAAAGAAGAAAUGGAUUAAGUUAAGAAACAAAGCAGUUUUUAUAGAAUAUUUUUCUUAAAUAUGCUGUUGAGUGAAAUGUCAAUCAUCUCUUUGAAUUGGACCUUCCAACCAAUCACUGACCAGUGCCAUUUUUAUAUAGCUUGAUGAGAAUGUUGUUAUGACGAUGGAGAUGUAACUCUAACAGAUGUGUGGCUAUUGUCUGAAAGGCAAGCUAUGAUUUAUACUGCUGCUUGUUUUAACAUGUUUUUAACAGUUAACCUAUUUGAUAAAUAUUUAUAAAAGACACUGGUCUAUCAUUGUUGUGGGAACAAUCAUUACAUAAAAUAGACAGUUAUUGAAGUACGUGCAAAAUAACAUUCCUAAUUUCAAUAAAACAAUCAGCAGUGAUUUGUCUUAUACUGUAUUAAUUAUCUGUUGAAUAUUGGUCAUACAGAAUAUUAUACUUUCAGGUAGACAGAAAGUCUCAUAUGGUUGUUAGUUCUUUGGAACCUUGUGCAUCUGAUGUAUGAAUUUACAUUGUAAAUUAUGUACAAUAAAAUAAAAAUGGUAUUACUUUUGGC